CCGAUUCUCUGUUGGUGACGUUCCGAUGGCAAAUCAACGGCUUCUCCAAGCUGACAGAGCGGAGAGUCCACUCCAACACCUUCCUGGUUGGGGGGUACAGCUGCUGUUGGUCGCUGCUCAGGCUCUUGAACUGGAAGUCUGAUGGUGUACACAAACGUGUUGUUGUUCCUUGGCAUGGCAAAUGCUGCAACACAGCAGCGUGGUUGGACCAAGUGCAUGCUCUAUGUGUGGACAAUUUGACCAACCAAUUUGACCGGAGAAAUUCAGUGCGGAGAGUUGGGCCCGUACAGUGUGCUGACGUGACAACAGUGUGCCACGUCAGUGCAUGCCACCCGGGUUGUCUCGCUGGGCUCCUACCUAUUAGCUCGCCCGCUGCUGUCUGGAGCAGCCGUGGGGUUGGUGAGGAGUGCAGUGCGGCGACGACUGGAACGGGCAUCGGGGAGAUGAAGCUGGUGCAUCUGAUGCAUUGUUUGUUGGCGCCUGCUACUUCCCUGCUCCCUGCCCCUCCUCACCACUCUCAUUCCACCAGGACUGCACCGUUACCUGUGCAUUCAUCACCUGCACACUCGCCGCCUAGUGGCCAAGGGUCCAAGCACAAGUGCACAGAUGUGCCUAUAACAGGCAGUGAUACAACAGAGGCAGCAGCGGCAGCAGCAAAAGGAAGUCAGUGCUCUCCCCUCCUCUCCUCCUUCCCCUUUCUUCCUAUUCCCCUUGCGUCCUCCUUCCGCCUCUCUUACUUGCCUGUUCCUCUUCACUCCUCCUCGGCUGCUGCAUGCUGCUGUGGACCCCAUCCCAGUGUACAGCAAACGAGGAGUGAAGCGCAGCCGCUGUUGCUGUUGGCAGAUACAGUGCUUGCCUCUCCUCCCUUAUGCUCAUCUCCCUCCUUCCUUCCCACCUCCUCUGAUUUCCCUCACGCUUUCUAUGCGUUCCUCGUCCUUUGCUCCCUUCCCACCUCCUUGCUUCCCCUCAGCGUUUCUCCCCUUCUUGUUGUUUCCAUUAUCCCCCUCCCAAGCCCAUACGUUGUGGUGGUGCCGAAGCACGUGACAGCGGUGUGCCACGUCAGCGCAUGCCACCCGGCACGCCGCGUGACCACCUGUCUGGACAUCCCGCUGCGCCUCUUCGACCUGCUGCGGCAGCCUUGUCCGCUGAAAUACUUUUCUCUAGGCUCUGUGCCAAUUCUCUCUCGUGCUGCUGUCUGGAACAAGGGUGGUGGGGAGGAGUGUAGUGCGGUAACGGUUGGGACGGGCAUGGGGGAGAUGGUCGAUCUGACACAUGGUCGCGUUGCUGGUGUGUUCGAGGGCGCGUGUCUGGGUUACAUUCGCUUACUCACCAUGCACCACUUGCUGCCCCACGUGGCCUCUUGCGGACCGGACUGUUACCUGCGCAUUCACCACCUACACACUCAACACCUAGUCGCCAAGGUGUUUCUUAAACAGCCACCUAACUUCCCUUCUUGCCAGAAGGGACAACCACAGGGCCUGCUGCAUCAGGAGAGAAAGCAG